CCUCCCCCGUUCCCCCGACUGGGUUGCUUCAUUUGCGGCCAUUUUGUUCGCUCACUUUGUUGAUUGGGCUUUAGCGAGCUGUACUGGAGCCAAUCAGAGGGAAACCGGACAGCGGCGACUACACGAACGGCGUGUUGGUUAAGAGGCGAUGGAGCAGUACACGGCUGCCACCACGGCGACCGGAGAGCAGAUCGUAGUGCAGACUGCCAAUGGACAGAUCCAACAGCAGGCCCAGGGCACAGUGACGGCUGUGCAGCUGCAAACGGAGGCGCCCGUGGUGACGGCCUCGGGCCAGCAGGUGCAGACACUCCAGGUAGUGCAGGGGCAGCCUCUGAUGGUCCAGGUGAGCGGCGGGCAGCUCAUCACGUCGUCCGGGCAGCCCAUCAUGGUGCAGGCCAUGUCGGGGGGUCAGGGUCAGACCAUCAUGCAGGUUCCCGUGUCCGGAGCUCAGGGGCUGCAACAGAUCCAGCUGGUGCAGCCCGGUCAGAUCCAGCUGCAAGGUGGUCAAACUUUGCAGCUCCAAGGUCAGCAGGGCCAGCCUCAGCAAAUCAUCAUCCAGCAACCCCAGACGGCCAUCACUGCCGGACAAAACCAGGGUCAGCAGAUCAGUGUGCAGGGCCAACAAGUGGCUCAGACAGCUGAUGGCCAGACUAUUGUCUACCAGCCAGUCAAUGCGGAUGGAACUGUCCUGCAGCAGGGAAUGAUCACAAUUCCCGCCGCCAGCUUGGCGGGCGCCCAGAUCGUGCAGGCGGGAGGCGCCACCACCAACACCAGCAAUAGCCAAGGCACUGUGACCGUCACCCUGCCCGUCUCUGGCAACAUGGUCAAUGCAGGUGGAAUGGUCAUGGUAAGACCCAGUGUUGAGAUGGUGCCGGGAGGUGGCGCAGUGCCCACAAUGCAGCGGAUUCCUCUGCCGGGCGCUGAGAUGCUGGAGGAGGAGCCCCUUUAUGUGAACGCAAAGCAGUACCAUCGCAUCCUGAAGCGACGCCAGGCCCGAGCCAAGCUGGAGGCCGAGGGCAAGAUCCCCAAAGAAAGGAGGAAAUACUUGCACGAGUCUCGCCACCGUCACGCGAUGCAGCGUAAGCGAGGUGAUGGAGGGCGUUUCUUCUCACCCAAGGAAAAGGAAGAAAUGGCGCUGGCGUUGGCACAGCAACAGCAGGAAGCGGCACAGGUGGCGGCCGACGAGACGGUGGCUCAGAUGAUCCGAGUGUCAUAGCGUGACUACGCUUGACUCUUUAUCCCAUCGGUCAACGACCGGUGCACUUCUCCUCGACUUGCCAUUUUCAGCUUCCGGCCAGCAGGAGCAGCAGCGACAACCCACUUUUUUGGAACUUCUCAUUCUUCAUUUUUGUCCUUCCAUUGGCCAAACAUUUUUGGCGACUAUUUUCCCCCGGACUAAAAUGCUUACACCUUCUCUCCUUUUUUUUUCUUCUUCUUUUCAAGCCGUAUUGAAGAAAUGCUUCCUCUGGCCAAAUAGCACCUGCUAUUUAUUUUCUCCCUGGACUGAAGUUCUGGUUACUGCUCCUUUCAGUGCCGAUAAUGAGUAAUGACAUUUAACUGGUACAGCCUUUUUUUGGUCUUUGAACUUGUGAAUGCAUAUGUUGUGAUCCUCCUUUGCCUUGACAACCCCCACAUAAAAAUGAACUCCUGUGAAAAUAUAUAUGACCCCCCUCAACCCCUUCAGUGUACUUAACUAGUUUGUCGGCUUUUUUGGACACAUUUUAUACAAUGUUGUUAUGGUUUGUAUUUGUAGGGAAAAUGUUCUAUCCACAAGUGUUUUUUUGAAUUGUACAUUUUUACUCAUCAAAGGAAACUUUUUUUUUUUUUACAUGAACCGUUUAUUAAAAAAAAUGGUUGCUCGCCUAUUUAAUUAAACUGCAAUAGUUCACUUGUGUGUGAGUAUUGCUUGUAUUUAAA